CUUGAGAUGAGGCGUUGCAUUUUUGGGGUCUCUAUUUUCUUCUUUUUCUUUCUUCCUUUCUCGACACUUUUCCUGACCCAACAUAGUGUCCUUAACCCUGAGGGUCGAUGCUUCUCCUUUGACGAUCGAGGGAGCGGGUAUGGUCGCGGAGAAGGUAUUGGCAUGGUAGUUCUCAAGCGUCUUGAUGACGCGAUCCGGGACGGCGACAACAUCCGUACUAUCAUCCGGCACUCCGCUGCCAAUCAGGAUGGUCGCACCAACGGUAUUACAUUACCCAGUCAGGCUGCUCAAGAGGCCCUCGCACGAAAAGUGCUCCAAGAAAUUGGCUACUCCGCGACCGACAUUCAAUACGCCGAGGCACAUGGAACCGGGACUAAGGCCGGAGAUAAUGCGGAGCUCCGUUCCCUCCGUAAUGUGCUCUGCGAGGGUCGACCCACUGACCAGCCGCUUGUGAUUGGCACAGUCAAGCCCAAUAUUGGACACACCGAGGCUGCCAGCGGUGCAGCGGGCCUAAUAAAGACCAUUCUCUGUAUGGAGAAGGGCCUCAUUCCCCCUCAUCUCCUGCUAAAGAACCUCAAGCCUGGGCUGGACCCCGAGGGCUGGAAUCUCAAAAUACCCACGGAACUGAUGCCGUGGCCCGCCACGAAGACCACUCGGAAGGCUAUUGUGAAUAGUUUCGGCUCUGGAGGCACCAACGCAUUUGUAGUGCUAGAGUCUCCCGAUAGCAUCACGAAAGACCUUUCACAAGAAGUGAAAGGCCACCAGAACGGCGUUCAUACAAACGGGCAAAAUGGUCAUGUAAAUGGGCAUCAGAGCGAGAAUGGGCACCAAGAUGUUGAUCAAAACGGCACACGCACGGGGGAUGAAAAAGGUUCCACAAACGGUACAGAAACGCAUAAACUUCCUCGCUUGUUUACUCUGUCUGCUAGAUCCGAGUACUCUCUUAAGCAUGGAUUAGAGAACCUGGCUGGUUACAUAGAAAAUCAUCAGGAUCUUAGUCUCGAUGACUUGUCAUACACACUUACAAGUCGUCGGUCGCACUUCCCAUGGCGCUCCUCCGUUCUUGCCGUGGACCUCCCAUCUUUGGUCGAGAGCCUGAAGGGGAAAGAGGCGUCACCCGAAAAGAGCCAUAGUCAAGUCGCGAACGUCUUCGUAUUUACCGGCCAAGGAGCGCAAUGGGCACAGAUGGGACGCCACCUACUCUCAACGAAUACCGAGUUUGCUCGCUCCAUCCAACGGUCCGACGAGAUACUCAGCGACCUCGGCGCCCCUUGGAGUCUUUCCGAAGAGCUCUCGCGAGAUGGAAAGUCUACGCGGCUUAAUGACAGUAAGUUGAGCCAGCCUGCAAGUACUGCUAUACAGAUAGCUCUCGUCGACUUUUUGGCAAGCUUGGAUGUACACCCGAAGGCGGUCGUUGGCCAUUCCAGUGGCGAGAUCGCGGCGGCCUAUGCCGCUGGUGCUUUGACCCAAGAUACAGCAAUGGCUGCAUCAUAUCAUAGAAGUUUCCUCUCCGAGGCUUCUAAAAAGGUAGCCGCGCAAAUCGGCGCUAUGAUGGCGGUGGGUUUGGGCGAAGGCGAGGUUUCCGAAUACAUAAGCAAGCUCAGCACAUGCGAUGGAAAAGUUGUCGUCGCUUGUGUCAACAGCCCGUCAAGCACAACUGUUUCUGGUGAUGCUCCUGCCGUAUUGGCACUCAAGCAAGCCCUGGACGCCGAUGGAGUCUUCGCCCGCGCUCUCAAGGUCGACACAGCAUACCACUCACACCACAUGCAACUAGUGGGUGAUCAGUAUUUAAAACGCCUCGAGAGUCUCCAAUCGACCAACUCUUCCGAUACGGUGCGCUUCUUUUCGUCCGUCACCGAGAAAGAGAAGAGCGGCGGGUUUGGCCCGUCUUAUUGGGUUGACAACCUUGUUUCUCAGGUGCGGUUCUCCGGCGCCGUCCAACUACUGGGCAAGGAGCUGGGCCGAACGCCCCUGAACUUCAUUGAGUUAGGUCCACAUAAAGCGUUAGCGGGACCUCUACGGCAAUCCCUGGCAGCUUUGCAGGAGCAGGGGUUGUCGUACAGCUACAUUCCUACCCUGGUCCGGGGUGAAAAUGACUGUAAGGCGCUAAUGGACACUGGCUCCGCCCUGUUUAGGGCUGGAUGCACCCUGGACGUUGGCGCGUUAGCUUCACUCGCCCUUUCUGGUUCGUCCCCGAAGGUUGCAAAAGAUCUUCCACCUUAUCAUUGGGAUCACACGACAGUGCACUGGGUUGAGUCUCGCGUGAGCCGCGAGUACCGUUACAGAAAGCACCCCCACCAUGAUCUGCUCGGCUCCAGAGUGCUUACAUCGCCUGACGGACAUCCAAGCUGGCGCAUGUUCCUUGGCACGGAAAGCCUGCCCUGGCUAAAGCACCAUGCUGUCGACGGCUUUGUGGUGUUCCCGGGGCCGGGCUAUAUCGCCAUGGCCAUCCAAGCCCUCAAACAGCUGAAUGAUGACCGCGAUGGCGAGGAGUUGGUGACGGAGGGAUACCGCCUGAAGAACGUGUCCUUCAAGAAGGCACUGUCAUUGCCGGAUGACUCCGGGGACUCUAGCAGAAUCGAGGUCGUGUUGAGUUUUAAGAGGUUAGCCGCUGCCGAUACUUAUGACUUUUCCGUCUUCUCUAUCUCAGAACAGGGCGGUAGUUGGCAAGAACAUUGCACCGGAACUAUAUCGACUAUUCUCAAGUCGCGUGGCGAGGAUACCGUCGCCCCCAACCGGGAGGCCGAACUUCGCCUCCAAUCCCAGCUGGAGACACUGCAGAGUGCUGAGGAAUCAUGCGUUCAGCUUGUCACUCACGAUGCGCUGUAUGCCGAUAUGACUUCCAAGGGCAAUCAAUUUGGCCCUACCUUCACCAUGGUGCAGAGUGCCCACCUGAGUGACUCCAAGUCCUUGAGUAAGGUUCUCGUGCCGGACAUCGUCUCAGCCAUGCCGGGCCGCUUCAUGCAGCCGCAUAUCAUCCAUCCUGCGCUUUUCGACGCGCUUAUGCACGUCUGCGCCCACCACUUCCAGCAGAAAGCCAAACCAGGAUCCACCAUGCCCACUUUUUACUCCGAGGUCAUUAUUUCUGCCAAUAUUACAAGCCAGCCCGGCGACGAGCUUUAUGCUGUAGCUAGUCUAAGUGACACAUUUGCCUACUCGACCACGUUCAACAUCGUGGCAUUCCAGAAAGGGCAUAACGGCGAGAGCCUCCCCGUUUUAACUGUCACCAAUGGAGAGUUCCGUCAGGUCGGGAUUACCCAGGAGCUGGAGCAGACGCGCAAUGACCAUAUAUUCAAGAUGCAAUGGGGCUUAGACGCCAAGUCCAUCACGUCCGAUGUUUUGGAAUCGAUAGUUACGCCCAUGCAAUGUGACACGAUAGGUCUCACCCAGGUGGACAAGGUCAAGGCACUGUAUACUGCCUGUGCUUAUUAUAUUGAUGCGAGCACCAGGGAGAUCCAGGAGAAGGGCCUUGCUGUAAGCGACGACCACCGUGCUCAGCUUUUCAAGUGGAUGACCAGUUUCGUGGGAGGCCCAGAGUGCCACGAUCUGCUCAGUGGUGCUCCUGUCUCUUCAGAAGAACUAGCCAUGCAGCUUGAGAAAUUCGGCGUCGAAGGUCUACUUGUGGCCCGACUCGGUUCACAGCUGACUUCCAUUCUCACCGGAAAGACCGAUGCACUUUCUCUAUUCCUUCAGGACAACCUACUGUACCGUAUCUACCACGAAGACGAAUCUCGGCGCGCGAACCACUACUUAGCCGAAUACGUGAGGAGGCUCACAUUCCAGAAUAAGAAAUUGAGGAUUUUGGAAAUCGGCGGCGGUACAGGAGGUGCCACGCUGCAAAUGUUCCAAGCCAGCAGCCCUGACGGAGAACCGUUCUGCUCUGAAUAUAUGUUCACUGAUAUCUCGGCCGGAUUCUUCGAGCCGGUUCGUACCACGUCCCUCAAGGACUGGGCCCACAUGCUCUCCUUCCGCACGCUGGACUUGGAGCGAGAUCCGGGGGAGCAGGGUUUCGAGACCUAUGCCUACGACCUCGUCGUGGCAUCGAAUGUCAUUCAUGCCACGAAGUCUCUAAAGACUUCUUUGUCGAAUAUCCAUAAGCUACUGAAGCCUGGAGGUGCCUUGGCCUAUGUAGAGUUGGUGAAAGAGACGCCGUACCACAACAUGACGUUUGGCCUGCUCGCCGGGUGGUGGCUAGGGGUAGGGGAAGGCAGAGAAACUACCCCGCUGCAGUCAAUCAAACAAUGGGAUCAUGUCCUACAAGACUCCGGGUUUUCGAAUGUCGAACUUGGCGUUCACGACUUUCCAGAACCUGCUCGCCAAGCUGCCUUGAUCAAGGCAACUGCCCUGCCUGUGUCAUCAUCGGUCAACGGGAAUGGUCGGCAUGGUGCUCCUGUCUCGAUCCUAAGCGCAUUACCAGAUAGCGACGAUUCAAAUACGUUCUGCAGCGAUCUAGCGGUCGCCUUGGAAAACCACGGCUUCAAUGCGACUCUUCGCAAGUGGUCGGAGACUGUGGUCGACGUCGCGCAUACCUAUAUAGUUCUAGACUCGGCGCAGUAUCUUCUCUUCAACCACGCUUCACCUGAGCAGCUCGCGCAUCUUGUGCAGUUGGUGACGAAAAGCUCCAAGCUGUACUGGUUUACUUUUGCGGACGGUGAAGAUAAAAUAGUACCAGAUGGCGCCUUGGUCACCGGGUUUGCUCGCACCGCGCGUAGAGAGAACAAAAGCCUCCAGUUUAUUACUCUUGAUGUUCAGGAUAGCAUUGAACACCAUCGUGCCGAUAUCCUUUCUCUGCUACCGAGCUUUCUUACUUCCACGGAGGCUAAAGUUGCCAUAGACGAGAAUGUCGAACUGGACAGCAUGCUCCGACAUGGGAAGAUCCACAUCCCACGAUAUGUCCCCGAUCGCAAGCUGGCGGCGGCUAUUGUCCCUAAUUCGCAGGAACCGGACUUGCAAGAAACCAUUUUCCACCAGACCAGUCGGUCCGUACGAGUUCAUAUUGAAAAGCCUGGUCGACUAAACACCAUAAACUUCGUGGAGGAAGAGUCCGGAGAGAUCGGCCUCGAUGACGUAGAAGUCCAGUCCUAUGCUUGGGGAAUGAGCUUCAAGGACGUCGGUGUUGCUCUUGCUCAAUGGCGGCCUACCGAGAAGAUGAUCGGCGAGGGAGCCGGCAUCAUCACCCGCGUUGGCGCCAACAUGGCUUCUCGAUAUGAACCUGGCGAACGAGUUGCUGUCUUCACAGGAACGCCAUUUGCUAGUAAAACGAUUACUAAUGGUCACUUCGUGCACAAGAUUCCUGACUCGAUGUCUUUCAUUGACGCAGCUUCCAUACCUAUCCCCUUCGUGGCCGCCUAUUACGGACUUGUGGAGCUGGCCAGCUUAAAGCGCGGGCAGACCAUCCUCGUGCACACCGGCACAGGCUACCUUGGUAAAGCAAUAAUCAUCCUUGCACAGCACAUAGGCGCAACCAUCAUUGCCACGGUCAAUAAUGCCAUGAAACGCCAACUUCUGGUAGACGAUUAUGGCAUUCCCGAGAGCCAUAUAUUCAGCUAUCGCACCACGGACUUCGCAACGGGCGUAAUGCGUCUCACGGGCGGGAAGGGUGCAGAUGUAGUCGUUAACACGCUCACCGGUGAUGCUUUCAAGGCAUCGUGGGAGUGUAUCGCCAAGCUUGGAACCUUCCUCGAGUUUCCCAAAUGGGAGAUUUACAAGCGCUCUCAACUGGACAUGAGUGUCUUUGAUCGAAGUGUCCGCUUCAUGUCUGUGGAUUUGUUUGUCCUAGCUGAGGCGCGCCCACAAUACGUUCAGGAGCUUUUGCAUAAGGUAUUUUCUUCCUUCGAAGCGGGCCAUUUCUCAUUGCCUCCCAUCACCACACUGCCUAUAGGAGAUAUCGAAGAGGCUUUCAAGCUUGUUCAGACCUUGGAGAAUAAUAACAGGGUGGUCCUCACCGCGGAUUCAUCUUCCAAAGUCAUGGCCAGGGCCCAGCAGCUUCGCCUCCGGCCGGACAAGACAUACGUUGUUGUGGGUGGCCUAGGGAAUAUUGGCAGACACCUAUGUAGUCACCUGCAGAAGCGAGGUGCCCGCUAUAUUGCAGUUAUAUCCCGUCGAAAAUCAGACGAUGCUACCCGACACGCUCUAGAAACGGAGUUAGCCGAGCAUGCCAACUCCGUAAUCACCUUGGUAUCGUGCGACAUCACCGAUACCACUGCUGUUGCACAAGCGGUGGCCCAGAUACAUGAUGACUUGCCGCCUGUUGCUGGAGUUCUUCAUGCUGCCAUGUUUGUUGCGGAUCGAACCGUCGCUCAAAUGACAGUCGAAGACCUUCAGGCGUCCAUCAGGCCCAAGUAUACCGGAACAAAGAACCUGAGUGACGGGUUUGCGGGUGAAGACCUCGAGUUCUUCAUAAUGCUAUCUUCUCUGGCCGCCAUAGUCGGCUGUGCCGCUCAGGCCAACUAUGCCGCUGCAAAUGCUUACCAAGACAUGUUUGCGCUCGCAGAAGCUUCAGGUGGCGUGAACAAGUUCGUGGCACUCGAUCUUCCCAUGAUUACGGAGACCGAAUACAUCAAUGAUCAACGCAUUGCACGUCUUGCACGGGAAGGUAUCGAGGCAGUUUCCGUUCGGGAAGUCCUCCCUUUGUUGGACUACGCAAUGGCUGGCCGUGCUUUCCGCGACGGAAGCAACCAGAUCGGUUUCGGCCUGAGUCCUCAAUAUCUUCUCGAUGCAGGAUCACCUAUUCCUCCUUUGCUUCAAACUGUCUCUGGCAGCGCCCACGCAAUUGGCGGCGAGAUACAACAAAAGCAAGAACGAAGCCUCGACGAGCUUAUCGGCCACGCAGCGACGGCAGAGGAAGCAGAAGAGCUCAUUCUCGUGGCCAUUGCCGAGAGACUGUCCUCGUUAACGGCAGUAGAUUCCUCAGACAUCAGCCUAGAUGCCCCACUUACCGACCUAGGUCUUGACUCUCUCAUCGCCAUCGAAGUCAAGAGCUGGGUUACCAACACGCUGCAGGCUCCGGUUCAGACCGGCGAAAUCAUGGACUCGGCUGAUCUACGAGCUUUUGCCUCGCUUGUGACUUCCAGAUCGGGCCUGGUAACAAGGGACAACCAGGCAAACGGUACCAAUGGCAUCGACGAAGCAGACAAAGAGCCCGUCGCCAAUGGGUCUUCGGAACGGAACGGCAUAUUAGGAGACGAGGUAGUGCUUCCCAAGUUCCCUCUUCAGUCUUUGGAAGCCACUAUGGAUGCAUUCCUACAGUCGGUAUCUGCCUUAGGAACCGAGCAACAGCUUGUUAAGACUCGCGAAGCUGUUACCGAUCUGCUGCAACCCAAUGGCAUCGGCAAGCGCUUGCAGGCACGACUCCAGCAGCUUGCCGAUGACCCCAAUGUCGAUAACUGGCUCAGCGAGUUAUACGGUACAGCUCUCUGGCUCAAGACGCGUGACCACCGCCCUCGUUUGAACAAUUUUUUCGGCACGCACCGGUUGAGCAAGUCGCCGCAAUCCCCGGCUGAGCGCGCAGCCUUGGUCUCUUUGGCCGCGUACCGCUACAAGCUGUCGCUUGAUGAUGGAACGGUGAAGCGAGACUACCAGAACGAUCAGCCCUUGUGCAUGGAAUCGGUGCACUGGCUGUUCAACACAAACCGAACGCCAGUAGUUGGCUGUGACCGCGUCGAUCGAUGGCCAGGCAACGACUACAUCGUAGCGCUGCGGCGUGGGCACGUCUACAAGGUCCCACUUCGUGAUGCUCAUGGCCAGAUCCUGUCUCACGACAGGUUAAAGGCCGUAUUCCAGCUAAUCCUACAAGAGGCGCCGGAAGAGGUCAACAUGGCUAGCGUUUUGAGCACAGCAAACCGCGACGCAUGGGCCCAGAUCCGAGGCGAACUCAUUGCUACCAGUCCCGAGAACGAGCAGUUUUUCUCAACAAUCGAGAAGUCUCUAUUUAACGUCUGCUUUGACGACGGGACGCCCGAGAACGCUACUGAACGCGGUGCGGCCUUUUUGCUCGAUGACAACGCCAACCGAUGGAAUGAUAAGACAGUCUCGUUUAUUUUUUGCGCCAACGGGGUUUCAGGUACAUGGUAUGAGCACUCCAUGAUUGAUGGACUAACAGUAUACGGUCUACAGGAGGCUAUCGCAGCGGCUACUGUAGAUCAUGUUGAGGUCGAUACUGAUGUUACUCCCGCCGAUCUGCAAGCAGUGGCAUCCGGAUUUAGCUAUGUUCCGUUUCCCACGACCCCUGACCUCACGCAACAGUUGAGUAAUCUGCGGCAACAACACCUUGCCGUCGUACAGCCGUACGCGCUGCACGCCUAUGAUCACCAUGACUUCGGUGCGAAAUAUCUCCGGGGGCUCAAGCUACCGGCACGUUCGGUCUUCCAGAUGGUACUUCAAGUCGCCCUUCGCCGGCACUACGGCUAUAACCCUGGUUCCCUUGACGUCAUCAGCCAGGCACAAUUCCGUCGAGGCCGUGUUGAGACCUUCAAUGUCCAGACGGCCGAGGCUGCUGCCUUGUGUGCCGCAGCUGAGGAUGCAUCCAUCAGUGUCCAGGAGAAAAAACAGCUCUUGGUCGCGGCCAUAAAGUCACAUGCGCGAUGGGUUGCUAACGUUGCCCGUGGCAGAGGUUGGCAUAGACACGUCCUCGCACUGCAAGAAGUUCUAGAGCCUGACGAGGAGCUUCCAUCGCUGUAUUCAGAUGCGGUUUACGAGAAGACCAAGGAGAGGAAAGUUUUUACCACGUUUGGCGACAGUGGCUGCCCAGAACUCGGCGGCUGCUGGGCCGACAAGUCGGCUCUAUGGCUGUCAUGUGAGGUGACUGAAGAUGGGGCGAGGCUUGUCGUUAUCAACGGUGAUGGCAGGGGGGAGGAGUUCAUAGAGCACGUUAAAGUGGCUGCAGAUUUAGUGAAAGGGAUUAUUGAAGCCUGAUGUGUAUCGUAUUCCCAGUUCAGCCAUACAGAAUAGAUAAUAUGAGGUUGUCAUGACAAUUAUGUGGAGUAUUUUAGCCGGGCCAGGAAGUCAUCGUUCGGGAGCAUCAUUACAGGAGCCAGCAAUCAUAUCCAAGCAGCGCAUUGCAUCGCUAAUAAACCUGUCAA